AGGCAACAAAAGAGAGAAGGAGAGAAGGAGGAGGAGGGACCAAGCAAGCGGGGGAAACGGCGAGAGAAGGGGGGAAGCCAGAGGAAAAGGAUUUUCCCAAGAAGCUCCCUUCCCGCAGGCCCCCCUAGGGGGAUCGCUGUCGGGGGGCGGGGGCAGCCCGGGGCCCCUGCCCUCGCCCCCGGGCCGCGAUGCCCCCCGGCCGGGCAAAGGUGGAGACUGAGGCUGAGGCUGUGGACCGGGGCAGGGGCCGGAGCUGGGGCUGGGGCUGAGACUGAAGCGCGCCGGGCCCUGUCGGGACUAUGGAGCUUCCACCGCCGCAGCCCUCCCGGCUGCAAGCGGACGCGAAAACUUGAGCCGGGGAAAAGUUAGUUGCUCUCUAGCUCUCUCGCUAGUUCUCAGGAGAGGCUUGGGCUGGAGGAGAGAGUUUGGGCCGCGAGAGCUCCCCGCGUCCCCCCUUGUCCCUCCUCCCAGCUCUCGUCUCUCCUUCCCUCUUUCCCAAGUUCCUCCCUCCUCUCUCCCCUGCUCCUUCUCUCCCUCCUUCGCAGUUCCCCUCCCUCCCUUCCUUCUCACUUCAUUCCAUCCUUCUCUCCUUAGUUCUGUGCCCCCCUCUAAUACAUUCGCAUCAGUUUUCAUCCAAUCUUUCCCAUCCAUUCCCUCCUCAGCCAUCUUCCAUAUCUCCCCCCCCCCCAGCCCCCAGCUCUUUUCCGUCCUUUCCAGCUCUCACCCAUCCCCUCAGCUCUUAUCCAUACUCCUCCCUCCCAACUCCCUCUCUCAUUCAUCCCUCCCCAUCUAAGUUCUCAUCCUUCCCAUCUCCACCCUCAGCUGCGGAGCCUUCCUCCCUUCCCAGAGUUGUAAAUGGACCCGCUCCUGCGGGGACUCCGAACCCCUUAAGGCUGUGAUUGGGGGACCAGACUGGAGUUGGCCUCCUGCGGAGGGGGGAAGAGGGCUGCAAUGAAUCUCUGAGUCGUCUGCCCGCCCUCUCCCCCCAGAGGAUCACCACCACCACCUCCCUUCCUAGAAGAGCCAAGAAACCCCAACCUUCACCCCAAGCCCGGUCUCCCCCGCCCCGUACCCUCCCAGGCUGAGCCAUGACCGACGGGCCGCCCCCACCCCCGCUCUACCGGAGCAUCUCGUUCAAACGGCUGGAGCGCUGGAGCGGCGGGCCAGGCUCCGACCGGGCGGACUGCGUGGAGGAGACAACCUCCUCGUCCCCCGGGCUUCGGCGGCGGGCACCUGGCACCGCCACCCUGGCGGCCUCCCGACGGGUAUCUAAACUGGCGUCGGGGGGCUCGAGGUCUGCGGCGACGUCCUCCCCAAGGCCUCUGCGCAGCCUCUCGCCAUCCGUCCGCCAAUUGUCCCAGCGCUUCGACUGCGCUGGCCGAGGGUCCCGGAGCAGGAGUCGGAGCCAGAGCCAUAUCCCUGGGACGGACUCCCCCAACGAGGAAGAGGCCCACUGGAUGCGGGGCCGGGAGGGGGCGCCGUCGGAGCUCCGCAGGGGUCAGCUUGCGUCUGAAGAAGGAGCCGGAGUCGGUGGGGGCGGACCCGGGUCGGAGCCCUCGGGCCACUGGCCCAGCGUCACGGAGAUGAGCAAACUCUUCGGAGGCCAAAACUACAGACGGCCUAGCCCCGAUGGCCUAUGGGGGUCAUCCAGCCCGGCUUCUGCUUCCCCCACCAGAGACGACGGGGCUCAAAGCCCAGAAGAGCCCCCUAGCCGCCAUCAGCCGCCUCCUCCUCCCCCCAGGACCUGUUUCCCCCUCUCUGGCCUUCGGUCCCCCCUGCCCCGGGCCCAGGCCGAGGGGAGGAGGCAGCAGCAGGCGGAUAGUUCACAUUCUUGGCAUAGUUACUGCCAACCACACGCCGGCCCCCAGGCCUCUGUCUGCUCCUCCUCCUCCUCUCCUGCCACUGCCUUCUAUCCUGUCAGCCAGAGUCUGAGCAGAGGAGAGAGCUCCAGCGAGGAGGAAGAUCAGGCUGGGGGCCCAGGGAUCUCUGCUGCCCCCAGCCCAGGGGCCCAGCCCUCCGGAGGUUCUGGCAGUGAAGGAGACCAGUUGAAGGAAGAAGGUAAACUCCAGGCUUCCUCUUACAGGAAAGAGGCCUCUGCAGGGAGGUGGGAUCUGGACAAUGAUGGGUUAAAACCGGGCAGGAUGGACUCUUCUGAGUGGACCCCUGAAGGUCAGGGCCUGGACCCCCAGAGGCCCGGAUGUGUAUCGGAGAGCCCCCAGGCUUCCGGAGGGUCACAGGAAGGCCUUAGGCAGCUCACCAGGGGCGUGCCAGACAGUUUUGGGAGCACCUUCCCCAUGGUCUCCCGGGUGGCCAAGGUGAGCUUUCCACCCUAUGUGGCCAGUCUUGGCCGCCACUCUAGUACAGAGAAACUGAAGGAGGAGGAUCUCUGGACUGGACGAGGAAGUUGGGGCUUGUAUCGAUCCCCCAGCUUUGGUACAGGGGAUGGUUUCCUCCGACCUCAGACCCAUGCACGGCCAAAGCCUCUGGUGUGCAUGGGCAAAGGGCAGAGAGACAGCCCUACUGAGGCUCUGGAACCCAGCUACAAAGCCAUGGAGCUGGAGAAAAGCCGGCAGCGAAAGUCUCUGUCAAACCCUGACAUUGCCAGUGAGACACUGACUCUGCUAAGUUUUCUCCGUUCUGACCUUUCCGAGCUGAAGGUUCGUCGGAGUGGCCGGCGACCUGGGGACCACGAUGGAGCGCCACAAAGCUGCAGUGAUGCCUCUGAGGAUAAUGAACUGGCUGGGCACCGGGGACCCCUACUUGUCCCAGCCAAGCAGGUUCUGGGCACUCGACCAACCCUCAAAGACCUCACAGCCACAUUGCGCCGGGCCAAAUCAUUCUCCUGCUCAGAAACACCCUCCCCUCGAAGGCUCUCCCGGACAGGGGCACUGAAGCCCAGCUCCUCAGAACUGCUCCUUGCAAGGCGGAGGGCUGAGGAAGAGGAUGAAGAGGAUGGGCUCCCUGAAGUUGUGCAGGACCAAUAUGUGCAGGAAGCCCGGCAAGUAUUUGAGAAGAUCAGCCAAAUGGGGGCCCAGCGGGAUGAUGGAGGAUCCCCCCCUGCCCUGCAUCUGCCCUCAAGCUCUCCAUGCCGGAGAUCCCUGGAAGAACUAUCAGGCCACGAGUCCAGUCUGACAGAUGAGGGCAUUGUGACAGAACCCGAACCAGCUAGUAUUGCCUACAGGGGCCUAGGGCCUCUGUCAGAGUGGAAGUCUGGUGAGUUCCCCCUCACCUCAUCUAGGAUAAAUCCCAGUGGCCCUCAAGCAGAGGGAGGCCGAGUCCCCCCCACUGGGCCCCUGGAUGCUCCAGGAACCCCAGGUGCACUUCGUAGGCGUCGGAAGGGCCCCCCCAUAGGCCUUGGUGGAACGGACCUCAGCAAUGGGGAGGCUGGGGAGGCCUAUCGUUCCCUGAGUGACCCAAUGCCUCAUCACUGGCGGCCUGCCCCGUUUGAGGAGUCCUCAGGCUUCUCUGUAGACAGUAACUUGCUGGGCUCCUUGGGUCCAAAGGCUGGGCUCCCCACAGCAUCGGCCGUGGCCUUGGUGGAUUGUGGAGUUGGUGGGGCCAGUGACUCCUCUAUUGGUAGUGAUGGUGGGAAGGACUUUCAGGAAGUGAUCCAGAGUGUGGUCCACCAGCCAGGUGCCCUGGGCCGGGCAGUGGAUGAACGAACCCAUGGCAGAGCAGCCAAGAAGAAGUCAUUGAGUGACCCCAGCCGGCGUGGGCAGCAAGCUGGCUCUGGGUUUGAGGGCCCUGGUGGGGAGCCCAUACUGGAGGCAGCCCUCCCCCCCGCCAGCAGCGAGCCCAUCCUGCUGGAACAUCAGUCGGGUGAACCAGGAAAGACCAGGGCUCAAUCUGAGAGAGUUCUACCCAAAACUUUGCCAGCCACUACCCCUCUGGAUUUCCGCCUUGACCCCAAGCUAGCUGAUGUGCUGUCCCCACGGCUUGCCCGCCGGGGCUCCAAGAAAAGGCCAGCCCGUAGCAGUCACCAGGAGUUCCGAAAAGAGGAAGACUCAGCCACACUGGGGAGGGCCCAUUCUGGCUCCCGCCAUGUCCGACAUGCCAGUGAACCGGCUGCCUUCAUCCCCAUUGAGGCCCCUGAACCAAAAGCCACAGGCACUGGGCCAUCAGGAUCCACAAAUAAGGUCUAUCCAGCCCUCCAUGUGCCCUCCCUGGAGGACGUUACUAAGCAGUACAUGCUAACCCUCCACUCCAGUGAGUCCCCUGCUCCUGGGCCCACAGAUGUGUCCCCAUCCACUCCAGCCACACCAACCUCCACUGAAGCCAAACCACUGGAAGUGGCCCGGCCCCCAGAAGACCCAGUUGCUGCUGAAAGGAGACAGAGCCAGAGUAAACCGCAAGUGGACAUGAGAAAACAUGUCAUCAUGACACUGUUGGACACAGAGCAGUCAUAUGUGGAGUCCCUUCGGACACUGAUGCAGGGUUAUAUGCAGCCACUCAAGCAGCCAGAGAAUGCUGUUCUUUGUGACCCGUCCCUGGUAGAUGAAAUCUUUGACCAAAUCCCAGAGCUGCUGGAGCACCAUGAACAGUUCCUGGAGCAGGUGCAGAACCGUGUGCAGGAGUGGCAUACACGGCAGAAAGUGGGCGACCUGCUUGUGCAGUCGUUCUCCAAAGACAUCCUGGUGAACAUCUACUCAGCCUACAUCGAUAACUUCCUCAAUGCCAAAGAUGCUGUGAGAAUUGCCAAGGAGGCUCGGCCUGCUUUCCUCAAAUUCCUGGAGCAAAGCAUGCGGGAGAACAAGGAGAAGCAGGCCCUGUCUGACCUCAUGAUCAAACCGGUGCAGAGGAUCCCCCGAUAUGAGCUGCUCGUCAAGGACCUCCUGAAACAUACACCAGAGGACCAUCCAGAUCGGCCAUUCCUGAUCGAUGCCCAUCGGAACAUCAAGCAAGUGGCUGAGAGAAUCAACAAGGGCAUGAAGAAUGCAGAAGAGGUGGAGAGGCAUGCCCGAGUGCUGCUCGAGAUCGAGGCCCACAUCGAGGGCAUGGAAGAUCUCCAGGCCCCACUGAGGAGAUUCUUGCGGCAGGAGAUGGUAGUAGAGGUGAAGGCAGUUGGUGGCAAGAAGGACCGAUCCCUCUUCCUCUUCAGUGACCUCCUGGUCUGCACCACCCUGAAGCGGAAAUCUGGCUCCCUGCGGAGAAGUUCCAUGAGUCUCUAUACAGCCGCCAGCGUCAUUGAUAUAGCUAGCAAGUACAAACUACUGUGGAAACUUCCCCUGGAGGAUGCAGAUAUCAUCAAAGGAGCAUCCCAUGCCACCAACCGAGAGAGUGUCCAGAAAGCCAUUAGCCAUUUGGAUGAAGAUCUUAAUACCCUGGGCCAGAUCAGCAAGCUCUCAGAGACCCUCAGUUUCCCCCAUCAGAGCCUGGAUGACGUCAUCAAGGAACUCACAGCUGCUGCCCACCGGGACCUGGCAGAGAAGCAGGCACUGUGCUAUACACUCUCCUUUCCACCCAACAAGGUGGAACUGUCAGCCACGAGGCCUGAAGGCACGGACACUUUCAUCUUUGAAUUCCCCCACCCAGAUGCUCGAGUUGGCUUCGAGCAGGCCUUCGAUGAAGCCAAGCGGAAACUCGCCUCCAGAAAAAACUGUCUGGACCCAGAAUUCCUGAAAGCCAUACCCAUCAUGAAAACCCGAAGUGGCAUGCAGUUUUCCUGUGCCUCCCCCAGCCAUAGUACCUGUGCUGAGAGUGCCCAUGAGGUGUGGGUGUGUAAUAGCGAUGGCUAUGUGGGACAGGUCUGCCUGCUGAGCCUGCGGGCUGAGCCCACUGUGGAAGCCUGCAUUGCUGUCUGUUCUGCCCGUAUCCUCUGUAUGGGAUCUGUGCCUGGCCUGCAACCUGGUGGAGGUGGAGGAGGGGGCAGCAAUGGCUUCAGGGAUCAGCCCCCAUCAUUGGUAAGCCCAGCAUCUCCCCCGGAGGUGGUAGCCACAGCAGCUGCCCUGGACGAAGGCAGUUCCCAGCCCUGCCUGCACAUCUCCAUCUCAGGCUCUUCUCCAGAGCUGCCCCCAGGGCCCACCAACAGUACUCCAGGCCCAGAACUCAUGCCCUUCGACAGUGAUGACUCCGAUGAUGAGUCAUCCCCUAGCCCCUCCGGGACUCUCCAGAGCCAGGCCAGCCGCUCCACCAUCUCCUCCAGCUUUGGCAAUGAGGAGAUGCCCAGCUCCAAGGAGGCUACAGCAGAGACAACCAGCUCUGAGGAGGAGCCAGAACCUGGCUUUCUACCCCUGUCUGGCUCCUUUGGCCCCAGCGGGCCCCACGGUGGUAGCCCUGUGGAUGGACGAGCCCUUCGCCGUUCUAGCCGUGGAUCCUUUACCCGGGGCAGCCUGGAAGACCUGCUAAGCAUGGACCCUGAGGCCUACCAAAGCUCCAUGUGGCUGGGCACUGAAGACGGCUGCAUCCAUGUCUACCAGUCCUCGGACAGCAUCCGCAACCGCAAGAACAGCAUGAAACUUCAGCACGCAGCUGCCGUCACAGCCAUCAUGUACUUGGAUAACCAGGUGUUCGUGUCUCUGGCAAAUGGAGAACUCGUGGUCUAUAACCGGGAGGCAGGCCAUUUCUGGGACCCCCAGAACUCCAAAUCACUAGUCCUAGGAAGCCCUGGGAGCCCCGUUACCAAGAUGGUGUCCGUGUCGGGAAAGCUAUGGUGUGGAUGCCAAAACCGAAUCUUUGUCCUCAACACGGGCAGCCUGCAGCAGGAGCAUGCGUUCCAGGUCGGCCUGGAUCCCAACCGCAGCGUGGCCUGCAUGGUGAACUCCAGCCUGGGCGUCUGGAUUGCCCUGCAGAGCACGGCCCAAGUGCGACUGUACCACUCGGGCACCUUCGAGCAGCUGGCUGAGGUGGACAUCACGCCCCCGGUGCACAAGAUGCUUGCUGGCUCGGAUGCCAUCAUACGCCAACACAAGGCUGCCUGUCUACGCAUCACAGCCCUUCUGGCCUGCGAGGACCUGCUGUGGAUCGGGACAAGUGCCGGGGUGGUGCUCACAAUGCCCACCUCUCCCAAUACCGUCAGCACCCCUCGAGCCCCGCUGAGUCCUGCUGGCCUGGUCCAGGGCCACACGGGUCAUGUGCGCUUCCUGACCGCUAUUGAGCUCCCAGACAACUUUGACCUCCUCUGCCCCCCACCAGCCCAUGAUGCAAGUCCCGAGAAGUCUGCCCUGCUGGAACGAAGGGACUCUUCCCGACACCGAGGCUCAGCCCCAGCCCUGGUCAAGCCCAAGAUGCUGGUGAUCAGCGGGGGUGACGGCUAUGAGGACUUCAGGCUGAGCAGCAGCAGCAGUGAGACGGUGGGGAGGGAUGAUAGUACGAACCACCUCCUCCUGUGGAGAGUGUGACCCGGACCCAGUCACGUACCCCUGCUGCCACCCCCCACUCUGCACCCAUGUGUGCCCCUGUGGGCCUUGGGCUGACUGGUGUGUGGGCGUCCUGGGCACAGGCAUGUGGCCCCAUAAAGGACUCGUGUCUGAAACACACCUGGCCGGGUGGCACCCAACGUCUCCCCUCAUGGCAUCCCCCAUCCCCUGCUCCAUGUGCAUCUGGGGACCACACACGUGCAUGAGAACGGAUCACAAACAGGGAGGCUCAGCCCAUGAGCCAGCAGGAUGCCAGCCGCUGCCAGCCCCAGCCUCCUCACCUUGCUCUCUCUCUGUGUCCCCAAGGUUGCCCCGAUUCCCUCCUUGUCCAGGUAACCUAGGCCCCAUCACACUCCCUUGGGGCAAGAGGAAGGCGCUCAUCCCAAGGCAGCCCCGGGCCAGAGGGCCAUGUGCAAUAUUGCAAGUGCUUCCCGGAGGCUGUGGGCAGAGUUAGAGAGGGAGCCCCCCACAGGGCACACAAUAGGGGUAAAAGGAUGAGUAGAGCCCAAGCCAGAGGCUGGGGAUCAGAAGGGGAGGAAGCCAGGCCACAGGGGAUGUGGAGGGCACCUCCUCGAUGUGUACAGUAUUUAUGUAUAUUUUUAGAUGCUCGUGGUACCCCCCAGAGCACUUAUUUAUGCCCCAGUCCAACCUAGCAAGCAAAGGAGGAAGUGACGGAGGCAAGGAAGGCAAGAUCUGGGGGCAAGAAACACAAAGAAUCAUGCCUUCCCCUAGAGGGGUGUUGAGUUCAUGCCUGAAAACAACCUUCCUAAAGAGAGCAGACUAUCCUUGUCCCCUCUCUGGUCCCCAACCCCUCCUCUGUCCCCAGAGAAUAGUUUGCACAUUCAUAGCACCUUCCUUCCCUCCUGGACCCUCCAAAGCCACUUACUUCCUCCCCCAUCCCUGCAAGGCACAGCUUCACAGACCCCCCCCCCCCCGCCCCAGCACAUGCAGCCCACCAUGCCACAUCCAUGACCCUCAUGGCAAUUCAGGGCUGGAUAAUGAAUUCCCCUUGUCAUCAUUCCCUGCUGGAAUUGAAAAUAGCUCUAGAACCAGAGCCAGAAAACCCAGAUUUGAAUUCUGUCCCUGCAGUUUAGUAGCUGUGUGACCUUGAGCUAGUCACCUUCCUAUCUCUAGUCUCCUCAUCCAUAAACUGAGGGGGUUGGACUAGAUGAUAGCUCUCUAAGGUUUCUUCUGCCUGAGGAGCCUGUGCUCCAAUGAUUCCACACUCCCUUAAGUCAGGGCUAGAAACUGGUUCAUCCAAGGCUGGGAAACAGCACUGUUCUCCAUUUGUUGUACUGAAUUCAAGAGAGCUCCAUGCUCAGUUCUUUAAACCCCUUGUCCCAUCACUGAGGGAUGGGAUGGAUGAGGAAGAAUCAAUUCGAUUCUGGAGUGUCAAUCAUCCAAGGGUUCCGGGUAUCAGUUAUCCAGGUUCUUUCCUCCACCCUGAGCCAUUUUCCUGCUCACUGGCAGCUCUUUAUUAUUUCACAUAUGUUGUUUUUGAAUAAGGAAGACGUUUGAGAGCCCUGGAUGGAUCAGGGAGGCAGCUAAUGACGAUGAGGAGGAGGAAGAAAACUCUGGGCUAGCCAGGACUUAUCCAGGUCACACAGCUAGAUCCACAGAGGUUAUCUCUGGGUUUCCCAGCCCUGGGCUAAUUGAUCAUUGGCCAAGAUAGGCAGUAAGGGCCUGGGAACCUUCUGGUGCCUUUCUCUUCCAGGCCCAUCUGAGCCCUAAGCCACAAUUCCCAUCAUGCUUGCACACUGUAGCAUCUGGUACACUGGCAUUUAUGAUGACUAGGGGACAGGGGAGAGGGAUUAAUGGAGUCAAGAACCAAAUCUGAAAGUCCCAAGCUCCCUCUCUCCCACCCCAGACUCUAACCACUGAACAUCCUUCCCUCUUGAGUUCUCUCCAUCCUCACAGACUGAGCCCUUCCAGGAAGAUAACCUCCUAGUCCUUUCUACUUUCACCCCGCAAAGCAGAGUGAAUCUUAUGGGGCUUCUUGAAGGGACAGGGGAGAGAGUGGUUUAGGAGACCCAAAAAUAUCCCUUGUCUGGACCCAACUCUCCCCCCAACUCACCUUCCCAGAUGGAUCCUGACUUCCCUACUGCCUGCAUUCUCCAAGCUAUAACUCCAAAGGUUUAGCCUCACUGGGGACUCUGGCUUGUCACGUCCAAGUUUCAGGAGGGCAAAGGCUGGGGACACGGGUUUGCGGUCCUGUUUUUCUCACUACCAAAUGACCAUGUAUUAAUUCCAUGGAUGAUGAAGUUUCAAACAAGUCAAUAAACAGAAACACAGUGAAAAAAAACAAA